AGUAUUUGCACCAAAUUGGCUCGAUAAAAAAACGAUCGAGUUUUAUUUAUCUAUGAGAUCAAUUACGGCAGUACCGCUGCAACAGUAUUACUCGGAAAUCUAACUAAAACCACAUUCAGGCUAACGUUAUUUUUUAUAAUUAAUCAAAAGUUAAGAGCUAUCCACAAUAUUUCGCGCGAGCGUUAUUUUUAUAUGCGCUACAACUCACGGCGGACAAGCACGACAAACGCAUCAUAAUAUUAGAGUCGCCCACUCCGUUGGAAAACAACUGGUACGCCUGGCGAUCGGCCACAAUAUAGACGAGUAAAUAACUUUUCCACAUCUAGUUGCGGACAAAUGCACUCAACCAGUCCCGGCCAUGGCCGGUAUCGAGUUGAUCAUAUCUUCAAUUUGCAACGCAACAAUUUGUAAUGCCGUGUAUGAUAAUCCGCUAACAGACGGACAUAUGUCACAAAAGGAAUCCGAGACGUUAUUGUUGGCGAAUGAAAUAAAUGGGAAGCACUUAAAGAUCGGCACGUAUAAUAAUUUCCCUUUAAGCUGGAUUGAAAGAGAUGAAAACGGUACAGUACAGGCGUACGGCGUGGCGUUUAAAAUCAUAGACAUACUACAGCAAAAGUUUAACUUUACGUACGAAAUCGUAAUACCACACAGGAACUUUGAAAUCGGUGGCAGCAAGCCUGAGGAUUCUUUGAUAGGGCUAACGAAUGCCAGUAAAGUAGACAUGAUAGCUGCGUUCAUACCAAGGCUCGUUAGGUUCCGAAAAUUGGUGACGUUCUCAAGAGAUUUAGACGAAGGUGUUUGGAUGAUGAUGCUUAGACGGCCAAAGGAAUCCGCCGCUGGCUCUGGUCUUUUAGCGCCCUUUAAUAACUUUGUAUGGUACGUAACUCUUGCUUCGGUAUUGUGUUAUGGGCCGUGCAUAUGUUUCCUGACUCACGUGAGGUCAAAACUAAUUAAGAAUGAAGAACGGCCGCUGCGACUUUCGCCGAGUUUCUGGUUCGUGUAUAGCGCUUUUAUAAAGCAAAGCACAAACUUAGCUCCCGAAGCUAACACAACACGUGUUUUGUUCGCAACGUGGUGGCUAUUCAUUAUAUUGCUCUCAGCGUUUUACACGGCAAACUUGACUGCUUUCCUGACAUUGUCCAAGUUCACACUAGACAUUGAGACUCCGGAGGAUUUGUAUAAGAAAAACUACCGUUGGGUCUCCGUUGAAGGUGGUUCCGUUCAACACACUGUUAAAACACAGGACGAAGACCUUUACUAUUUAAACAAAAUGGUGGCCAGUGGCCGAGCAGAAUUUCGUACGUUGUCGCCAGACCAGGAGUAUCUCCCAAUUGUGAAAGCUGGGGCUGUUCUCGUCAAGGAGAUGAUUUCUCUAGAACAUCUCAUGUAUGGGGACUACCUGACGAAGACUCGUGAAGGCGUCGAAGAGGCUAAACGAUGCACUUACGUUGUGGCGCCUAAGCCUUUCAUGAAAAAGCCCAGAGCGUUCGUGUAUCCUGUUGGCAGUAAGCUGAAGAGCCUUUUUGAUCCUACUCUUGCAUACAUAUUACAAUCGGGUAUUAUAGAUUAUCUUGAACACAAAGAUUUGCCGUCAACCACGAUAUGUCCUCUGGAUUUGCAGUCCAAAGACAGGCAGUUGACCAAUAGUCACCUCAUGAUGACUUAUUACAUAAUGUGCGUUGGGCUCGCCUCGGGUUUAGCUGUUUUUGUAGUGGAGAUAUUAGUCAAACGAUACAUCAAUAUUAAGAUAAAACCUAUCGAUAAAGUGAAAUUGAAGAAGUUCAAACGGAGUAAGCGCUCCCCACGUUACGAUGACAGUGGACCGCCGCCAUAUGAAUCCUUGUUUGUUAAACCGAAGUUCAAAGGCUCAGAAAAACGUUCGAAGAUGAUCAACGGCAGGGAAUAUUACGUCUAUGAAGAUGGCCGAGGGGGUACCAGGCUUAUUCCCGUGAGGACUCCAUCGGCUUUUUUGUAUCGUUAAUAAAGCCUUUUUUUUAAACCAUAGACAAGAUUGAGCUCGAAGACGAACAUAGAUUGUUGUCGUCUCUGAAAUUAUAACUUAAACUUUGAUUUUGAU